GCGGAGCCGAGCAGGCGGCUGGGCAGAAGGGCGCGGGCGGCGGGCCUCCGGCCGCGAUGGGCGAAGGAGGGCUGCCCCCGGCCUUCCAGCUGCUGCUGCGCGCCUGUGACCAAGGCGACACGGAGACGGCGCGGCGGCUGCUGGAGCCGGGGGCGGCGGAACCAGCGGAGCGCGGUGCGGAGCCCGAGACCGGUGCGGAGCCGGCCGGGGCCGAGGCGGCUGGGCCCGGGGCGGCGGCGGCCGGAGCGCCGGUGCCCGUGGACUGCUCCGACGAGGCAGGCAACACGGCGCUGCAGUUCGCCGCGGCUGGGGGCCACGAGCCGCUGGUGCGUUUCCUGCUGCGCCGCGGCGCCUCGGUCAACAGCCGCAACCACUACGGCUGGAGCGCGCUCAUGCAGGCGGCCAGAUUUGGACACGUGAGCGUGGCGCACCUGCUCUUGGAUCACGGUGCUGAUGUCAAUGCCCAGAACCGGCUGGGGGCCAGUGUGCUCACUGUGGCUUCUCGGGGUGGCCACCUGGGUGUGGUGAAGCUGCUGCUGGAAGCUGGUGCCUUCGUGGACCAUCCCAACCCCUCAGGCGAGCAGCCAGGGGCAGGGGACAGCAGGGAUGAGCUGCUGGACAUCACGGCCUUGAUGGCGGCCAUCCAGCAUGGGCACGAAGCUGUGGUGCGUCUGCUGCUGGAGUGGGGUGCCGACCCCAACCACACGGCACGAACCGUGGGCUGGAGUCCGUUGAUGCUGGCAGCAUUCAUUGGGAGGCUUGGCGUGGCCCAGCAGCUGGUAGAGAAGGGGGCCAACCCCGACCACCUCAGUGCAUUGGAGAAGACUGCUUUCGAGGUUGCACUUGACCGCAAGCACAGGGACCUUGCAGAUUACCUGGACCCAUUGACCACCGUCAGGCCCAAGACAGAUGAGGAGAAAAGGCGACCUGAUAUUUUCCACGCACUGAAAAUGGGAAACUUCCAGCUGGUCAAAGAGAUUGCUGACGAAGACCCCAACCAUGUGAACCUGGUCAAUGGGGACGGGGCCACCCCCCUGAUGCUGGCAGCUGUCAUGGGGCAGCUGCCCCUGGUGCAGCUGCUGGUGGAAAGGCACGCCGAAGUGGACAAGCAGGACAGCGUGCACGGCUGGACAGCCCUCAUGCAGGCCACCUACCAUGGGAAUAAGGAAAUUGUCAAAUAUCUGCUAAACCAGGGUGCCGAUGUCACUCUUCGAGCGAAAAAUGGGUACACGGCCUUUGACCUCGUGAUGCUGCUGAGUGAUCCGGACACGGAACUUGUUCGACUGCUGGCAUCUGUCUGCAUGCAGGUGAAUAAAGACAAAGGCCGGCAGAGCCACCCGCCACCCCCGCCCUGCUCGAAGGUUCGACAGCCCUGGAGUGUCCCAGUGCUGCCCGAUGACAAAGGCGGGCUUAAGUCCUGGUGGAGCCGGAUGUCCAACCGGUUUCGGAAGCUCAAACUGAUGCAGACUCUGCCCCGUGGGCUGUCCAGCAACCAGCCAUUGCCGUUCUGUGAUGAGCCAGAACCCAUGCUGGAUUCCACCAUGCGGGCAGUCCCCCAGGACAAGCUAAGCCACUCUGGGCUCCCUGACGUGGCCCCCGCAGUGAAAGACAGUGGUCCUGGGAGCACACGAGGAGACAAGGAAGACGCGUUAUUGACAACCAUGCUUCGAAACGGAGCCCCCUUCACCAGACUCCCGAGUGACAAGCUGAAGGCCGUCAUCCCCCCUUUCCUACCCCCUUCCAGCUUCGAGCUGUGGAGCUCUGACCGGUCCCGGACGUGUCACAGUGGGAAGGCAGACCCCAUGAAGACUGCGCUGCCCCAGAGAGCCAGCAGGAGCCACCCCGUGGGUAGCGGGGGCACAGACACCACUCCUGUCAGGCCGGUUAAAUUUCCAUCUCUCUCCAGAAGUCCAGUCUCUCCGGCCAAUUCGGGAAACUUCAACCACUCGCCUCAUUCCUCAGGUGGCUCCAGUGGGGUAGGGGGCGUGAGCAGGCACGGCGGGGAGCUGCACAGCCGCUCAGGUGGCAGCAUAGACAGUGUCCUGUCCCAGAUCGCCGCCCAGAGGAAGAAAGCAGCUGGACUCUCUGAGCAGAAGCCCGGCCGUCAGCCAAGUCCUGUUGGGCCAGCACCUGGGUCCAGCCCUUCCGAGCAUCCAGUCUCCCCCGCAGGUGGUGGUGGUGCCGGCGGCAAGAAGCUGGAGACAAGCAAAAGGCCUCCCUCUGGAACUUCCACUACCUCCAAAAGCACCUCCCCCACCCUCACGCCCUCCCCUUCACCCAAAGGCCAUGCAGCGGAGUCCUCAGUGUCCUCCUCCUCCUCCCACCGGCAGUCCAAGAGCAGUGGGGGCUCCAGCAGCGGCACCAUCACUGAUGAGGAUGAACUGACUGGAAUCCUUAAGAAAUUGUCACUGGAGAAAUAUCAGCCCAUUUUUGAGGAGCAAGAGGUGGACAUGGAGGCAUUCCUCACCCUCACCGACGGCGACUUAAAGGAGCUGGGCAUUAAGACAGAUGGGUCCAGGCAGCAGAUUCUGGCAGCAAUUUCUGAACUGAACGCAGGCAAGGGACGUGAGAGACAAAUUUUACAGGAAACCAUUCACAACUUCCAUUCUUCCUUUGAGAGCAGUGCCAGCAACACCAGGGCCCCUGGAAAUAAUCCCUGUACAUGAUCCUCCUUCCUGUGGUCACCAGCGUGAGCUUUUGAAUCUCGGCGCUGCCUUCGCACAGCCAGUGUGCCAGCCAGCCUCAGCUCUUCACCGUUCCCCGAGACACACCAUGCUCUGUCACGCCGCUGUGUCUUAGUCACAUUGUUCCCUCUACCUGGAACACCCAUCUUCCCUUCUCUGCUGUAGUAGCUGGUGAUGCUCGUGGCUGUAACAAACUCCAACACACUAGACACUCAGUCUCACAUAAAGUCCAGUAUGGCUGCUUCUUGCUUGGCAUGUGGUUUCAUACAGUGAUUCAGGGGCCCAGCCCCUUUCAUCUGUGGCUCUGCCAUUCCCAGGGGCUUCAGAGUCUUUGCUUCUGGCUGGCAGAAGGAGACAAGGAUGGUGAAGAAGGCACAGCCCCUUCUCACUGCCUUGCUCCUGAAUGUUCACAGCCCACGGCUCCUCCUGCUCGCGUUCACCAGUAGUCACGUGGCCACCCCUGGGUACAAAGGACGCUGGAAGGUGUAGUCUUUGUUCAGGUAGUGGCCUCACAGCAACAACUCUGUCCUUAGAUGGGGAAGUGCAUAUUUUCUGCACAUCUUCCCUUAAAACUUCUAACUUGCCCCUCACAGUCUGAGUCACUUGUCAAACGAAGCCUUUUCGUGACUCCCUUACACAGAACUAACCUCUCUGGCCACUGGGAUAGUGCUUUGUGUACCCCUCUGCCAUAGCCUGCCACUGUGCCCGCGGCACGCCGCAUGCAGCAGGAUGCGUGUGUCAGACGCACUUUUCUUUAUCGCAGAGACAGCUUCUAUGUAGGAAAAGGGGGAGGGGCUCACUGUGUGAUCUGGCAGGAUCCCUUCUUCUGGCUGCCAGUUUCCUCCCCUGUGGUCGGAAGGAUGAUCCACUCAUACUCUACGCCGCUCCUCCCACACCACUGUAGGGCUUUCUGCACUUCAAGCGGGAGCAGAAGACCCUACUGUAUUACAUUGUGGAAUGACUUCGGUGCUCACAUUGUCUAGGCAAAGAAGCAGAGGAUUGGGCAUUUUUUUUUCUAGACUCUGUUAAUACUCUGUUCCUCAGAAGGGCAUCGGUUCAUGUAGUUUUCUGCCAUGUUAUAGUAUAUGAGCAGGUCUCUGACUCGUAAACCCAGAGCUUUCUGGAGUGUUUUCAAGUGAGUAAUUCGCUCGGUCAACACUUGCUGCACUUGUCUUGCUGGGUGCUGGGAGUGCAGAGAUGAGCCAGAGCCAGUCCCCACCUUGAGGACCUCAAUGGGCAAGGUGAAGGGAUGAUCUGACCCCAAACGUAAGAGGCAGCACAGGGGAGUGGAAAGAGCUUGUGUUCUAGACUAAGGCUCAGAUCUAGCCCGGUAGGUGGCCACUGGGUAACCAGGGGCGGGUUCUUUGCCUCUUAUUCGGAGCUUAGAUCCAGAGUGCAUAAGUACGUGGUCUGCAGAAUAUACCCAACAGAUGGCAGCCUGCACAGAAUUCUGAUUUUUACCGUGAGCCCUGCCGGCUGCUCGUCUCCCACCCCCAGCCGUGAAUGCCCAUUUCUGCUCUGCUGGGUUUUAGAGGUGGUCAUUACUGCUUCGUCCAGAGCUUGAUCGAGUUCUCUCUCGGCCUGUCAGUUCAGUGGGUGUUGCUCCUUCUUCAUCCUCCCACCUGCUGAAGCCAACUUUCCACAUGACUGGAAAGAAAAGGUUUCAUUUUAGCCAUCGCUGACAGAUGUCUUUAUAAUUGUUCCUCACCUCCCAGCCUUCUCUAAGGAGACACUUCUACUGGGCACCUACCGGUAUGUGUGCAGAACCUUGACCUCAGUCUCAUCCGCCCUCACUGCCGCUCUGAGGGUGGGCAUGGUUUAACCCCAUCCUGCACAUUGGGGAGACAGGCAUGGAGGGGUGAAGCUGCAAGUCUAUUACACACCAGCUGGAGCAAACCAGCUUAGAACUGGAUUGGAGGGCUUCCGAGCCUGUGCAUCUUUUGAGGACUCACACAGGCUUCUGGAGCUGGAAGUACCAGGGAUUCUUGUGACUUAACAUACUCAUAUCUUCAGGGUUUAUGGACAGGCCUUGAGCUAUUUGCCCAUGAAAUACAUUGCCUCUGAGUUAUGUGCCUUGAGGUUCUGUGCCAGGUUUUCACUGUUGUCUGUUCUUUUCACAAACCGGUUAUCAGUGCAGCUUCUACUCAGGUAAGUUUGACCGAACACCCACAAUACGCAAGAGCUAUGCUGGGAAUCCACCUUCCACAAAUGCAUACCUCCGUGAUCUCGUCUGAUGACCCCAGAGAAGGGCUGAUCAUUCCCAUUUUGCAGAUGGGAAAACUAAGGCUCAGAAUGGGAGCUUCUCUUGUAUUUUUACCCGGACUCAGUGGUUCUGAGGCUUUUUCUCCCAGGAGGUUUGUGUGCUGGUUGGUAAGAGAUUCCUGAUACCUGUUCUGGGCCAUGACCACUUUUCUGAUGACCCUUCCCAUUGCACGGAUUCCUUCCCCCAGGACGCAGGUCCCCUCCACAGUAUUUCUCUUGAGGGAUGGCCUUCACCGCUUUUCCCCAAGCGUGUUCAGUCUGGGCUGCAGAAUCUUCCCAGCGUGGGCCCCCAGUCUGCAGGCAGUCCUUCUCAGGAACACAGAUCAGCAUGGAUGUCACAGCUGUCUGGCCUUGUGACUAGUUUCACAGGAUGUCAGUAGGUUUUU